AUGGACAUUGAACAGAAACUAGCAGUCGGAAAGGAAAAGAAAGCGACGGGAGAUGAGUGCUUUCGAAGUGGAGACUAUAAGGGUGCACUGAGGGCCUAUCACGAGGCAGGGUUAUAUUUGAAUGGCUUAGAUAAAUCGUUGCUUCCGGCACUCACUGGGGGCGGAGUUCCAGACCCAGAAACAAACCAGGUUCCCCACAAGCGAAGACAGAGGCGGAUGAGUUGCUCGAGAAGAUUUGGACAAACAUGGCAGAACGAAAACAACUCCAAGGCGAAGUAUCGGAAAGCCAAGGCAUACGCCGCUCAAGGGUACACGGAGAAGGCCAUCGAUAUACUCGAAGAGCUUUUAAAGCAAGACCCAAACGAUGUUUUAAUGAAGAAAGACCUUGAAGAUAUCAAGAUCAAGCAGGCUGCCACUGAAAAGAAAGGCUUGGCCAAAUUUAAGGGGAUGUACAAUCGACCUUCAAAAGAGGAAAAAUCCGGAGACGAUGGAGAAAAGGUCGAAGAGGUCAAGUCACCUGGUGUAGCUGCUUCCUCGUGA